CAUACUCCACUAAACAAAGACUACUACUGCAUUCCUCAACUAAACAAAAGACCUUUCCUCCAGUAGCUUCCGUGCUUUUGUAGUCCGCACACACCCUAUUUCUCCGAACACCGCGAGACCUCACUCGAAAUGCAAAAUGGCUUCCGUCGUUGCGCGCUCAAUCCUUCGAAGAACGUCGCGCUUCCAAAUCUCCUCAACCCUCAGUGCUUGUUUUUCUUCUCAGGCCUCUUCCUCCCAAUCCAAUUCUCUGGUCCGGAGGGCGCAAGCACAACGGCUCUGGUAUCCUCCUUCUUUCAUAUCUCUUAGAUUCGCCACUUUUAAGGUGGAAGACGAUGAUAAUCUUUUGAAAGUUCUCCAGUCCGAGAUAGAUUGCGUCCAGGAACCGAAAAAUUCUCUGGACAUUGAUGUUCCAAAAGAAUUUCCUUUUGAAAUAAUUGAUAGGCGCGGUGACCAAACAAUGACUCUGAAGAGAGAAUAUGGUGAUGAGAACAUCCAACUCACAGUUUACAUGAAUUUAGAUCAGGAGGGGACAACAAUCAUACGAAGAAUUUCAUUACAUAUAACUAUAGAUAAAGGGCAGGGCUUUAUUUUGGAAUUUGGCUGCAAACUCACUUCUGAUGAGCUUGAAAUAGAAAGCAUGGCAAGCAGCAGUAGUGAUCAUUUUGAUACCCAGGAAGCAUAUCAAGGACCUGAGUUCUCGGAUUUAGACGAGAAUUUGCAGAAGGCUCUUCAUAAGUACCUGGAAGUGAGAGGCAUCAACAGUUCUCUUUACAGAUUCUUGUAUGAAUACAUGAUAAACAAGGAUGAAAGGGAGUAUCUAAAAUGGUUAAAGAAGUUAAAGGAAUUUAUUGUGAAGUAAUUUAUAUAGUGUGGAAAACUAAGUUGGUGUUUGGUAGUAUUUCUUAAAUUGGAUUUAGAAAUGAAUUUAAGAUAAAUCCUGCCAUGCAAAUUAAAUCCAACUCUGUUAUAUUAAAAUUUCACGCGUUCCGUCUCUUUUAUCACGGUCCGUCCCUAGAUCCAGAUUUACCAAAUCAUAUUGCGGGACGGAUUUAAGGAUUUACUUUAUCGUCAGGAACCAUCUCCAUCUCCGUCGCAGGGUUUGAUAAAUCCAAUCUCUUACUGGAUUUGAUCAAUUCUAUUUAACAUAAAAUCAUGGUGCAGCCAAACACCACCUACGAUUGAUGGAUGAUUAUUAUCUCAUUUUUCAUCGAGUUUUGCUGAGUUUACAUUGCUCACAUUUAGGCUAGAUUAUGAUGACAGUAAAGUUUUGAUCUGUAUUUCUAUAAAAAUAGCUUCUUUUUCUGAGAGUGCUAUUUUUUAACCAUUAAUUUUUUGA